UUCAAAAAUUCCUAUAAAAACCAAAAAAUUAUUAGGACUUAUUAUCAUUCAAUAAGUAUUUUUCAAGAUGAAAACUUUAAUCGUAUCAAUUUUAUUAUUUAUCACAAUCAUUAGCCACGUCAGUGGACAAGUAGACUAUUGCAAGCUUUGUAAGUGGCAUAUUGCAUGUAACCAUACUGGAGCAUUUGCAGUUAUUUGUCCACCCGAUGCUAUUGUUGUGCCUUUAACUCUGGCUGAAAAAGAAGCAUUUUUAACCAACCAUAAUACACUUCGAAAUAAACUUGCUGGUGGCUUAAUUCCUGGAUUUGUUAGUGCUGCAAACAUAUCUGCUGUCGCUUGGGAUGACACCCUAGCAUAUUUUGCAGAGCUGAAUGUAAAGAAAUGUAAGAUGGAACAUGAUGCAUGCAGAAGAACGCCUCAAUACAUGUCAGCAGGGCAAAACCUUUGGAUUCAAUCAAGUUCUGUUGCUUAUAUGCCUAUUCUAACUGCUGCCGCUGGUGCUGGAAAUUGCUGGUUUAAUGAGUAUAAAUUGACCAAUCAAACUCUCAUCCAAUCAUGUUGUAAGCCUGCUAGUGCUGGUCAUUUCACCCAAUUUUCAAAAUAUUCAGUAGUCGCAAUUGGAUGUGCUGUUGCAAGAUACAUGGAUCCCAACAAUAGAAAUGCAAAAACCACUUUAGUUGCUUGUAAUUAUUCUUAUGGUAAUUUGGUUGGUCAACCAAUUUAUAUUCCUGGACCACCUGCAUCAAGUUGCAAGAAUGGAAAACAUCCAAUCUAUACAAACUUGUGUAACUUCAUCAGUAGUGCAACAGACUACUGUAAACUUUGUACCAACCACAUUGCUUGCAAUAAUUCUGGAACUUUUGGAUCUGCAUGUCCAGCUAAUGCCGUUAUUGUAAACUUAUCUGAGAAUGAAAAAGAUUUAUUUGUCGAUGUACACAAUGAACUACGGAAUGCUUUAGCUGGUGGAAUGAUUCCAGGGUUUUCAAGUGCAGCGAACAUGUCAGCAGUUGUCUGGGAUCCACAACUUGCUUAUUUUGCAGAACUAAAUGUAAUGCAAUGUAAAAUGCGGCAUGAUGGCUGCAGAAAAACAGAAACUUUUUGGUCGGCAGGUCAAAAUUUGUGGUCUAGAUCUGGAACUUAUUCACAAUAUCCACCAAUGAAUAACACUAUUCAAAGUUCAGUAUUGAGUUGGUUUAAUGAGUAUAAAACAGCCAAUCAAACUCAAAUGAAUACAUGCUGUCAAGGAAAUAGUGGACAUUUCACUCAACUCAUCCAGUAUCGUGUUGUUGCUAUAGGAUGUGCCAUAUCUAGAUAUGGCUUCAAUUGGAAAUGUGACUUAAUUGCAUGCAAUUAUUCUUUUGGAAAUCUCCUUGGUGCACCAGUUUAUAUUUCUGGACCGGCGGCAUCAAGCUGUAUAAAUGGAGCACAUUCAACUUACACGAAUUUGUGCAAAUAGUAAAAUUUUCUAAUAUAAUAAAAUAAUUUUAAUAACUCUUAACGAUGUCUCAUAAAGAGACGUAAAUAUUUACAAAAGUAAUAUAAGCACUGCCGGAUGGAAAUAAGUUUUUAUACACUUUUAUUUCUU